GCACUGAAUGUCAUGAAUUGGCUUACAAGUGCAGAGGAGUACAUUGGAGAGAUGGAGAAGUUAGGAGAUGACGAAGACAAAGCAAAGAAGUGCUUCGCUGGGUUGUGUCCUAAUCCCAGGGCCCGUUACCAAAUUAGCAAGAAAGUAGAGGAGUAUUUGGAGGCUGUUGCUCCACUUCUAGAAGAAGCUGCCGGAUCCGGGUUCCUAGUUUCCUACCCGCUUCCUCCAAAAGAGAUAUCGAUCGGAGCAGCUGAAGGUUUUGAGCAAUUUGAAUCAAGAAUGCCGAUUCUGAACCGUGUUAUGGAGGCCUUGAGAAGUGCUAGUGUUCACAAGAUAGGCAUCCACGGGCUGCCUGGUGUGGGCAAGACCACGUUAGCCAAAGAGGUUGCCAGACAAGCCAAGGAAGCGCAGUUAUUUGAUGAGAUAGUUAUGGCUUCUGUGACAAAGAAUCCAGACCUGAAGAAGAUUCAAGGAGAAAUUGCAGAUCAAUUAGGUCUAGAUCUCCGUGGGGAGACUGAACUUGGGAGGGCCUAUCACCUAAAGGAGUAUUUGAGGAAAAAGAAGAAGAUUCUUGUGAUUUUAGAUGAUAUCUGGGCGAGGCUAGAUUUGGAUGCCCUUGGAAUUCCAUUUGAAAACAAAAAGAGUGAGGCAAGUUCAACUGGAGAAGAACAGAUGCAACUCAAGAUUCUCUUCACAUCUAGAGAUUUGGAUGUUUUACCUUGUGACAUGGGUGCUGAUGAAAAGAUCCCAGUUGGUAUUUUAGAAGAUGAAGAAGCAUGGACACUUCUGAAGAAGAUAGUCGGCGAUGAAGUUGAAAAUUCUGACUUACUGCUUACGGCAAGGGAGAUAGCGGAAAAAUGUGCAGGGCUGCCACUGGCUGUCGAAGCAGUAGCAAAAGCUUUAAAAGGUAAGGGUGCUCAUGUAUGGACAGAUGCUCUACGACAACUGAAACGGCCCUCCAAAGAGAGCUUCAUGGGGACACUUGCAAUUGUUUAUUCAGCAAUAGAAUUGAGUUAGAACCAUUUAGAAGAAGAAGAGCUCCGGUUAACUUUCUUGCUUUGUUGUUUGUUGGUGUUAAGAUGUAAACAUAAUUAUGUUUAGAAUUAUUGUAAAUAUUUUAUACUUUAGAAUAUUCUCUUUGUAUACUUUAUACCUCAGAAUAUUCUCUUUAUAAACACCUAUAUAUAAG